AUGUAUUCACCUUGUGAAGCCGAAGGAACUAGAAAGAGGCAUCAAGUUGAUACUGUAGUAGAAGGUGUUGGUUUAAAUCGUAUAACAAAGAAUUUUAAUAUGUCAACCGGAAUGAUCGAUGAUGCGAUUCGCGUUACGGAUGAAGAGGCGGUGUCUAUGGCAAUGUAUUUAGUUAAAGAAGAAGGCCUUUUUGUUGGUAGUUCAUCGGCUAUUAAUUGCGUUGGAUGUGUAAGAGUGGCUAGGCAAUUAGGACCCGGACAUCGUAUUGUGACCCUUUUAUGUGAUUCUGGACAAAGGCAUUUGACAAAAUUUUGGUAA